AUCUUACAGAAACUUUAUCAUUAAAUAAGUAAGAUAUUUGGAUUAAAUACACUGAAACAUUCUGCGGAAUUAAGGAUUCAUACAAUGGAUAUACCCGAACUUCCGGUCACAGUUUCAGACUGCUAAUGGAUUUUCGCUGCCUUCAGCGUAAACACUGCAAAAUAAUUUCCGAUCAAUCUUAAAAGAAUUUUGCCUUUAUCAGAAACUUACAAUGGACUUCGAAGAUAUUCUAAGCGAUGUUGGCAGUUUUGGACUGUAUCAAAAAAUUUUACUUAUGGUAAUUCUCGUCCCAGCCUUCAUUCUAACUCCAUGGUUCUCACUGGAUAUCAUAUUCUUAUCCAAUACUCCAGACCACUGGUGUUACGUACCAGAGGUGGCACAUUCAAAUUUGUCAAUGGAAUUCCAGAAGCUAUUAAUCCGGCCUCCUAGUGAUAGGUUUUGUACAAGGUACGAUGUCAAUUAUUCCCAAAUUUUACAAUCUGGCAACUGGUCUGUGAAUCCUGAUUGGCCCACAACAGAAUGUGAUCAUGGAUGGCAAUACGAUAAGUCUAAUUACGAUGCCACAGCCAGCACCAGAUGGAAUAUGGUUUGCAAAGACAGCCACUAUAGCAGUCUUGUUCUGAGUCUAGUUUUCAUUGGUGACUUGGUGGGAACGCCUAUCUACGGAUUUUUAUCUGACAGAUGCGGUAGGAAGCCUACGUUUUUCUUCUUGGCCUUCUUGAUUGCUGUCACAGAGAUCGGGUCGGUACUAAGCCCAUAUUUUUGGUUAUUUUUAGUACUGCGAGCAAUCAACGGUAGUGCCAUGACCACCAUAUACGCAGCUGUUUAUAUCAUAAUUCUGGAGCUCGUAGAUCCUCGUAUACGGGCUCGGAUAAACGGAAUCUCCAUCACGUCGUGGACAGUGGGUCUUUGCAUGCUGCCUUUAGUUGCAUGGCUAACGAGGAACUGGGUUUACUUAAGCAUAGUCACAUCCUCUACAGCGGCAUCACUUCUUCUGCUCUGGAAAUUAAUACCUGAAUCUCCCAGUUGGUUAAUAUCCCAAGAAAAAUAUGCAGAAGCAACAGAAGCUAUGAAGAAAAUAAGCAAAAUAAAUGGAAAACAAGCACACGAAGGAACCGAACUAUACCAGAAAAUCCAGGAACUUGGGGAGAAAAUCAAAAAGCAAAAAAUUGGAGAGGACCAGCAUUCGCCACUGGACUUCUUUAGAUAUCCGACUCUUCGGAAACGAUUUCUCCUAGUUACCAUGUGCUGGGUAGGAGAUUCUAUUCCUUAUUAUGGGCUCCAGAUGAAUGUAAAAAACCUGGCAGGUAGCGAAUUCUUGAAUUUCUUCCUGGUGUCCUUAGUAGAAAUACCUGCACACUUAAGCACGUGGCUGUUCAUGGAACGUAUUGGUAGAAGAUGGUGCUCAGUUUGCGCAUUUGGAUUGUCUUCUGUAGCCUGUCUCCUUCCGGUUUUUUUCCCUCCAGAAUAUGAGAUAGUGGGAAUUGUGGCAUCCCUACUUGCAAAAGCUGGCACCAGCGCCGCUUUCAUGACCCUGUAUCAACAAAGUCCCGAGUUGUUUCCCACCUCACUUAGAGCGGUCGGCAUAGGUAUGAGCUGCACCAUUGGCACUGGAUCGACGCUGAUUGUGCCCUACAUAGUCUACCUGGCUAAGUAUGGGACAUACAUACCAUUCCUGAUCUUUGCAAUGAUAAGCAUGAUUUCUGGAGUGGGCGCAUCUUUUCUACCCGAGACGUUGAACAAGAAACUUCCGCAGACUGUGGCUGACGCGGAGAAUUUCGAAAGAGAUUUCAAGUUUUGCUCAUGUGCAACGACUUGUGAUCCAGAUCAAGAAGCCGAACAAUCAACCUGGACACCAGCUAUGCUAUCAGCUGCAGAUCUCUCCAAUUCAAUGAAACAUUUCUCGGAGCAUAUACCAGUGAAAGAUCCACCCGUGUUAUUAGUUAAGCGAAAUUCUGCUUCAUCUGUUACAGAUAUUCCUCCCGCAACAAUUUCUACAUGAUAAAGAGUUCAAGUAUUAAGACAAUGUUUACCAAAACUUGGACAGACUAUGAUGAACUGUCGCUUGACAUACAUUUAGAGAAAGACUUUGGAAAAGUAGCACAAAUCAGAGGACAUACAGACUUUUAUGGAAACUUGUUGAAUUAUUGUUUGUAUCAUGUAAUAAACAAGGAGAACAGAUAGUAUAACUGGAAACUCAAGUUUUCUAGCCUGAAGAGCAGUAUAUAACAAAAUCACCCACGCUCACUUCAUUGCCUGAAUUGCCUGAAUUGCUUGCUGUUCAUUGCCUGAAUUGCUUGCUGUUUGGAACCAUAAUUCUUAAUGAUAUUGCUGCGUCGAUACUACUCAAGAAACCUUUUUUUUUUUUUUUUUUAAUAUUUUUCUAAAAGUAUGUUUUUGAAAGUAGUCGUUUUCCUAUUUUUUUAGUAAUCGACGGUAACAAUGUUCUAUUAAAAUCUAUUCUGCUCUAUCUCAGGACUUGCAGUUAUUCUGAUAUGCACUCACUCAUGCUGCACUUAUCUUACUGCUGCUAUGUUCAGCUCCAUUUUCGCUAAUCAAAGUUCAAUCACGUGACUUAUUUCAAAUGGAGUAUGAAGUUUAGUAUACCAUUCACUAUUUCCUUCGAUAUUGUAAUUCAAACGUGUAACCAUUUUCCUGUUUCACACUGUACAAAUCUUCGAAAGCAAUUUGUAUUGGAAGAAGAUGUGUAAACUGAAUCUCCAAUAAAAACAUUUUAGUCUUUUUA